GAAAGGUCUGCUGUCAUGGCCCCGUUCAGGGAGGUAUUGUGCUGGUAUGUCGUUGUUUUUAAGGCAUCUUCCCUUUCAAAUAAUCGAUACUUUUGCAAUGAAGGUACACCUUCGACUGUGGCGAGGGAUAUAUGUACUUUUGCAAAAGCUCAAACCCCGGAGUAUUCUCUGUUUUGAAGAUAUACGAGGAUGGAGAGAAAUGUAAAAGCACCCUCCAGCAGGACACAGUUACUGAUGGACAUCAGUUGUUGAAGUCAGAAUGAAUGACAUGAACCUGAGUCCUGUGGGCAUGGACCAGCUCAGUGUGCCCUCAGUGAGUGCUAGCCACCUGGGUCUGCCCACCUCCCCCACACACCACCCCAUUCCAACUCCAGGCAUGCCAGUGGCCAUCCCCAGCCUGGGUCCUUCCCUGGGCUCUCUUCCCUCUGCCCUCUCGCUGAUGCUCCCCAUGGGUCCAUUGAGUGACAGAGGAGUGAUGUGCGGCCUGCCGGAGAGGAACUACUCCUUGCCACCUCCUCCAUACCCCAACCUGGAGAGCAGCUACUUCCGACACAUAUUGCCAGGUAUCCUGUCAUAUCUGGCAGACCGUCCACCACCUCAAUACAUUCAUCCCAGCAGCCUUAACAUGGAUGGGACCCUGUCUGUGGCCAGCAACAAUCCCUCAGGUCUGGACCCCUACAGUGGCCCUGGAGGCCCACUGGAGCAGGGCCUGGUGCCCAUGGACUCCAGACAGGUCAGUGGGCAGGGAGAUCUCCACCAGACCUGUGCUCAUGACCUGGACUCUACAGGAUUGGCCAUGGAGUCACGUGUCAGCAGCCCCAUGUCCCCUGAUAGAAUGGGGGAGGAGCUGGCCACCAUGGAUGGAGUCGGGGUGGUGGCGGUGUCUGAUACCCAGCAGCAACUUGGUGGAGGAAGGCAGCCUCAGCCCCAUGAGGGCCUGACCGGGGUGGACUCCUCUGGUGGGGUGUUGCCCCUCCAUGGGCCCCCUGUGCUUGAACUACCGGUGGUGAUGGAGCCAGAUCAUAUGGGAGGCCGAGUUGGAAACUCUGGGGGAGGAGGAGCAGGAGGACUCGGGGAGCAGCUCCACUCCAACGGGGAGCUGAACUCGGGAGUCGUCAGUGUGGUGCUCACUGGCUCCAUGGCCAGUCAGGGCCAGCUGGAACCGGUGCCUCUCCAUGGACACUCUGGGAUGGGGCUGGAUGCUGUAAAUGUGUCUCCCAUCACUGCAGAAGUGUCACUGGGGCCAGAAAACAACCUGGUGCUGGUGAACUCCACCUUACAGCUCGAAGACUCUACCUCCAACAAGGAGAACAUGGUCACUGCCUACACAAUCUGGUGCACACUGUGUGAGCGCUCCUAUACCUCAGACUGUCCAGAGCAUGGCCCAGUCACCUUCAUCCCUGACGCGCCCAUCCAAAGCCGGGCUCGCCUCUCUCUGCCACGUCCACUGUGCCUGCGUAUCUCAGUGGCUGAUGAACCACUUGGAGUUUUUGCAAGGGAUGUCAUUCCUCCAAGGACUUGCUUUGGACCAAUGGUUGGCCAGCAUUGUAGCAACGUGGAUCUGUCUGAUUGGCCAGAAAAGGACGCACCUCAGAUAUGGAAGAUGUAUCACAACAAUGUGCUUGAGUUCUACAUCGUGACAACAGAUGAGAACGAAUGCAACUGGAUGAUGUUUGUCCGCAAGGCAAGGACUCGUGAGGAGCAGAACCUGGUGGCGUACCCUGCCAGUGGUAAACUGUUCUUCUGUACAACCACAGAAAUUCACCCGGACCAGGAGCUGCUCUUUUAUUACAGCAGAGACUAUUGCAGGACGAUGGGUGUUCCUCAGGUGCCUGAGGGCCAGAUCUGCCAAUGUGGCAAAGAGUGCUCCUCCUCCUCUGAGCUCAAGUCUCAUCUUAGCAGCCAUAACAGCAAUCACAGCCAUAACCAACCUCCACACAGCCACAGCCCGUCACAGCAGGACCACUCUCAACCACAGCAUCAGCAGCAGCAGCAGCAACAGCAGCAACAACAGCAGCAGCAGCAGCAGCAGCAGCAGCAACAGCAGCAGCAGCAGCAACAGCAACAACAACAACAACAACAACAGCAACAACAACAACAGCAACAACAACAGCAGCAGCAGCAACAGCAACAAGAGCAACAACCGCAGCAACAGCAACACACUCACCAAGAAGAGAAGCUGACCAACGGGACCUCGAGCUCCUCCUCUUCACCAUGGCCCUGCCACGCACAUACUACAGGACAAACAAACCAUGACAACAGCAGCAGCAGGGGCAGCAAUAAUAGAAACUCUAAUAACAUUACCUCGAGAGCAAAAGGUCAGGGCCAUGUGCGGGAGAAGAAAUUCAAGUGCAGCAUGUGCUCCCGUGCUUUCAUUACAUCCACUAAGCUCAAUGUGCACUUCAUGGGGCACGUGGGGAUGAAACCUCACAAGUGUGAAUACUGCAGCAAGGCCUUCAGCGAUCCAAGCAACCUCAGGAUGCACCUCAAGAUUCACACAGGUCAGAAGAACUACAGAUGUACGGUUUGUGAAAAGUCGUUCACACAGAAAUCCCACGUGGCGUCACAUAUGCUCAUCCACACCGGUGCAGAAAAGCUCAAGUGUGACCUCUGCGACCGGGCAUUCAUCAGGAAACAUGACCUGAAACAGCACAUGUUCUCUCACACGCAUGAGCGCCGGAUACAGUGCCCAAAGUGCAACAAACACUUCCUCAAGACCAACCACCUGAAGAAGCACAUGAACUCUCAUGAGGGCCGCAGAGACUUUGUCUGCGAGAAAUGCCACAAAGCUUUCCUCACCAAAUACCACCUCACGCGUCACCUCAAGAUAUGCAAAGGGCCCAAGACGGAAAGAGCGUCCCGCAAGGACCAGGAUGUAGAUGAGGAAGAAGAGGAGGAGGAGGACGAUGACAGCAGGGGAGCGAGAGGAAGAGGAAGAGGAAGAGAGAGCAUGGUUAACUCAGCCAAUAAUGAAGACUGUGGGUUAGAUGUUGGAGGAUAUAACUCUGAAAAGUCCCUGUCACCCCCCCAUUGACAACACUGUGCCUCUUGAGAUGUCAUGUUUAUUUAUUUACUUUACUACAAUACUGAUGUUUACCUCUAGAUUUUGCCAAAUAUCAGUUACUACAAAUUUUAAUGUAAAAUCUUACAUAAUCAGUACAUUUUAAUUGCAACAUUUUACAUAAUUUGAAAAUUAGAUUUUUGAGUUUCUCACAAGCAUAAGAGUGCUGCUAAAAUAAUCUUUAUAUCAUAUAAUAAGCCAGCUGAUAAAGAUCUGACUAUUUCUAUAAGGCUAUUCUGUUUUUUUUUUUUUUUUUCACUUAACUCAGGCCUGUGCAAUAUUAUUGGUUGAUGGGAUUCAUAUAAGCUAUAAUUCAUUCAUUGGUAUUCUUUAAUCUGAUUUUCUGUGACUCUGUCAAUAACAUGGAGUGAAUGCCUGAUAUUCAUGUGUAGUUGCACAUUAAUUUCAACUAAAAUUUAUGAUGCCAUAUUCUUGCAUUGUUGUCCUGGUCAUAUGUAAUUGCUAAAUGGCCUGUGCUUUUACUCUUUAUUUAUUAAAAGCAGGAUUUUGUGUU